GCUGGGUAAGCUGCGCGAUCGAUAACUUAUAUUGGAAGAUAUUCGGAGUUUGUGAGGUCAGAGACAUUGAUGGGCCGUAAGGUUCAGCACUAAAAUACUUACAGUAUCUUUGAAAAGUGAUAAAAUGGAUACGGCUGGAGCUUACGGUGGUGGAAAGGCUGGAGGAGCGUUUGAUCCUCAAGCUUUUAUCCAGCGGCCUCCUGUGAUAGUCCGAGCAGUUUGUUGGCUCUUCAGCGUCAUUGUAAUGGGUUGCAUAUCGGCAAAGGGCUGGUAUGUAAGCAAGGCUGACGGCUACGAGUACUGCGUUUACAACGACGAUACGAACGCCUGUAACUACGGCGUCGGUAUAUCGGUUAUAGCUUUCGUAGCCUCAAUCGCCUUCAUCGCCGGGGAGUAUCUCUUCGAGCAGAUGUCGUCUGUGAAGACUAGGAAGCAUUACGUUUUAGCCGAUAUGGGAUUCUCAGCAUUCUGGGCGUUCCUGUACUUCGUCGGCUUCUGCUAUCUGUCUAACGCUUGGGGCAAGACCGAGACCCCACCGGUGGGCACCGCUAACAACAUGCAAGGCGCCAUCGCCUUUUGUUUCUUCUCUAUAUUUGCUUGGGUUGCGUGCGCGUUCUUCGCAUUCCAGCGGUUCCGCAUGGGCGCGGACGCGGCUUUCGCGCCGGCCUACGAGGUGGAGGGCGCGGGCAGCCCCGGCGCCUUCCCCGCCUACCCCGGCGCGCCCGACCCGCAGCCCGCCUACAGCGACCCGCCCUUCUCGCAGCCCCACACCGGCAAUGUGGACUACACCGCUCCCACUUAUUAAGCUGGCUCUCUGGUGAGACGAAUUCAGCUUCUAUGAUUAUGUUAUCGAAGCAAGUAAGUUAUAAUUAAUACAUUUUUAUGUCAACGUAACGUACUUGUGGAAUACUUAUUUGUCAAUGAUAACCACCACGAAUAAAGUUAUACCAUAGAUCUACCAACUAGGAACUUUAAUUAUUAUAAAAUAGUAUUCAAAAGAAUAACGAAAUAUUUUUGUUUAAUAUCUAGUCAAUAUUAUCUUUGAUAAGACGAUGGUUGGGGAGCUGGCGAGCAUUUCGGUAUAUGAUUACCUCGUGUUUCAUAUCUAUUGCGUAUAGAUCAAUGCAAAUGCAAACGCUUUGGUCCUACGUGUGAGGACAAACAAACCUUAGAUUUACGUAGUGCAUGAAAUUUUCUAGUACUCGUUUGUUUGGGUUUUGUCCUCUAGUGGUUGGAAUAACACAAUACAAAUUCGAAUCGCUUUCAAUUAACAAUAAAGCUCCAUCGUGACAUUCAAAUAUCACUAAUAAUAAUGUCAGCAACAUUACAAUGAUAAAAUCAUAUAGGAAUUUUCCUCACCGGCUCCCCUAUAAUAAGGUACGUAAUAUAAUCUCAAAUAAUUAAAAGUUUUUGCCAAAAAUUUACUACAUUACUUUUAUCUCUCAACUCUUCGACUAUAUAUUUGAUGCAGAUGUUCGAAUGAUUGGAAAAAUAAACAUGUGUUAAUUAUAGCUUUAAAUAUUGUUGUCCGUUUCGUUACUUAUAAUUUAAGACUUAUUACUUUGUCUCGUGA